GAGGUAUAUGGUUGGAGUUACCUCUGCUGUGACCCUGUUUUGGGAACAUAGCUUGUAGAGAAGGCUGGGUGUUUGAAUGCUUUACUGUCUAUAGCAUUUUUAUACUAGUUCUUCUGUGAGUGUUUUUAGAUUGCUCCCUGUGGUUUGUCUGUUUUGUGGCCCUGAAUUGCAUGCUGAGCUUAGGGAUGCCUGUGCUCUUCGGCUGUAGAACUCAGGGGCUUUUUUCCUUUCAUAUUGCCCAGUUCCAUUAGAUAAAAACAAACAUGAAUUGAGCCUUUAAUUUCUGUUUCAUUUAAGUUAGAGGGAGAGGAUGUUGAUUUAAAGCAGAGGAAGUGGUAUCACCGCCACUUAAUAAGCACCUUCUUGUGUAUUCUCAUUAGCCUAUGAUCCCUAUAAUCAACAAAAAGCAGUAAGUGGUUUGUAACUUUAAUAGAGGCAGCAGUUAAAGUACUCACAGAAACUGGAAUUAUUCUGGAGGUAUCUGUCCUUGUUGGCAUCCAAGGUAGGUGCUUAAAACUAGAUACUUUAGAUACUCUUAGCAAUUGGCUCCUUAUCAGUCUGAGCCUUUGUUUGCAGUUUGUAUGCACAGAUUUGUGAUAAGUAUCUAAACCUACAGUGAGCAAUUCACUUGCUGGCUGCAUAGUGUCUUCCAGAGUUUCAAAAGUAGCCUCUGAAUUUGCGUUUCUUGGCAGUUUCCAGUGAUAGGGAAAGGGAUAGUGAUAGGGCCUAUAACUUUAAAAGCACUUUUGGUUGUCUCUGUUUCCAAGUCUAACACUGGAAAGCCUUUUGCUGUUGGGUGACCUGUCUCAUGCCUGGAGGGAAGGGUCUUUCCGGUUCUCAGCAGUCACUUCCCAAGCCUUGUGCCGGUUUUCAGCCUUCUCACCUUCUUGGUCUCUUGCUCUGUGAAAAUAUCUAUUGUGGCUUUCCCCUCCUUUCUCGUUCAGGCAGAAGGUGGUGUCAGCAGCAUUUACAUAGUGAUAGAAGUCUACGGUCAAGACUUGCAUCCAAAGUUAGGGAAGGUUCUCCUCAGCAAAGAGCAAUGGUUCAAAGACUAACAGGCACUUUCCAUAUGCUUCAAGAGAAGACCGUGAGACCUGGUACUGGGAAAAUUAGCUCUGCCUGUCUUACUUGCAGUCUGCAGUACAGUCACAGUACACUGCCCAGUCAGGAUUUUCCAUAAAGAUGAACCAACCAGUGCGAGAGGCUCGAGAUGCAGGUGGCACUAAGUAGUGAUGCUGUUGAGGGACAGCAUUAGAUGAUUUAAUCAGGUGACUCUCAAAGCAGAGACAAAAUACAGUCAAAAAUUAAUAUUUAUCUGAUUUUCAGUUUCUCUUAUAGCACGUCUUUCUGUUAUACUUAUUGCGGCAGAGCUGAUGUGCAUCUUAGGAUCAGUGCAUAAGCAGUGCCAAAAUAUUACUUCAGCCUAUCCGUUCAAUGGCCUCUGCAAGCUGCUGAAAACCUUUUUAUGAUCUAUACGUGACUCAUGCACUUUCUUGGCCCCUUCUGUGCUAGGUACUUGAGUAAGAUACAGCUUUGCUGGAGCUGAAGCAGAUCGAGAAGAUGAUCCUGCAGCCUCUGCUGAUGCCCACAUUGCCAGUUUCUUUUGCUAGCUCUGUGUAAACGGUGGAUGAGAAGAAGAUGGCCUUCCUAAUGAAAAGUAUGUUGAGCAACCAGGUGAAGAAUUUGGGACUUGGAGGUGGAGGGGAAGAAAACAAAGAAGAAAGCACACCUUCUGACCCAGCGGCAGCCGCAGGAAUGACCCGAGAGGAGUAUGAGGAAUAUCAAAAGCAAGUGGUUGAGGAGAAGAUGGAAAGAGAUGCAGCAUUUGCACAAAAAAAGGCAGAGAGAGCCUGUCUGAGGGUUCAUCUGAGGGAGAAGUACAGGCUCCCUAAGAGUGAACUGGAUGAGAACCAAAUACAGAUGGCUGGAGACGAUGUGGGUUUGCCAGAGGACCUCCAGAAAAUGGUGGCAGAAGACCAGGUGGAGGAAGAGGACAAGGACUCCAUCCUGGGACAGCUGCAGAGCAUUCAGAAUAUGGACAUGGACGCGAUCAAAGAGAAGGCCCAAGCGACCUUCACAGAAAUGAAGCAGGCUGCUGAGCAGAAAUGCUCCGUGAUGUAGGGGCGAGGCCGCCUCUGAGCGAGUUCAGCCUUGUCUCACGGCGGCUGGAGGCUGAGGGCCAGCAGCGAACGCCGCUUAGCUCUGCAGCAGAAAAUGUGAAUAUGAGAGAGAGAGACAGAGAGAGAGAGAGAGAGACUUUGCAACCUCCAGGGGGUCAAAAUUUAGGUCCCGUGGCUGCUUAGCGCUGUUAGAACAGAUCACCAUUUUUUUUUAACAAAAUGUUUUUCCCCAUGGAACGAAAUGGCUUAAUAAGCAACUAUUUGGGAAAAAAAUGUGCCU